UCUGAAGAGAGUGUAUUGCACGCGAAAAUGACGCGAUCAGCAAAUUUCAUACAAACAUUUUGUAUCCUUAAUAUAGUAUUUAACGGUAUCGCAGCCAGUGAGGAUAUAACAUUGAAGUGCGAUGAGUUCGAGCGAAUGUACGAUAUGUCGACCAGUGAAGCUUAUUGCACGGUUUCCGGUUUCGUUGUGUCCCAUAGUCAAAUUGUCAAAAUACAAAAAUACCCCAAAGCGAAUAAUACAAAAUUCAUGAAAUUCUACGAUUCCCGCUUAUUGUAUGUGCCCUUCAAGCUAUUCGAUGUCUUCGCUUACCUAAAAACGCUGGAUGUGUCCUUCACGGAGAUAUUGGAUGUGCCACGCAACACCUUCGGCUCGGCUAGCAAUCUGAGUGUGCUUAAUAUGAGCAACAACAACAUAACACAAAUCGCCACAUCCGUUUUUAUGGGUGCCAGCAGUCUGAUGCGGCUCGAUCUCAGUCAUAAUCAGAUCGAGGAGUUGAAUGAGAAUGCAUUCAAAGGACUAGGCAGUUUAGAUAAGCUGCAACUUUCAUACAAUCUGAUACGAGAAUUGCCGAAGGAUCUAUUGCUGGAGAAUCAGUAUUUGUCGGCGAUUGCGAUAAACAACAAUCUUUUAGAGUACAUUGAACCGGAAGUGUUUAAUCGCUUGCGUCGCAUUGAUGACGUCAACUUGUCCUACAACAACAUCUAUCGCAUACAUCCGGAGAGCUUUCAAUCCGCAUACGGUUUGGAGAGUUUACUGCUAACAGCGAAUAAUUUGACAGAGUUCGAGUUGGGCAACAAGAGCAUAUUGACUCAGCUGCAGGUGGACUACAACAACCUUACACGCAUUUUCAUUAACGGCACAAAGCAUGUGCGCGCCGAUCACAAUCGCAUCGCCGAGGUGCAGAUGAUAAACACACUGUUUCUGGAAACACUUUUUCUGGGCGCCAACAAUUUGCGUGACAUUAGGAACAUAACAAAUAUCACCGGUCUGCUGCAGCUCGACUUGGCCAACAACCCCAUUGGACCGGUCAAUAUUACGACCUUCGACCGCCUGAAACGACUGCGUGUGCUCUCCUUGCGUGCUAUCGGCUUGCGUCAUCUCACAUUUGGCAUGCUCUCCAAGCAGUUGAAUUUGGAAAGUCUCGAUUUGUCAUAUAACAAUUUGACGGAACUCAAUUUGGAUAUAUUUGUGCCAUAUUUAGCCAACUUACGUUAUCUCUAUGUUGAUGGCAAUAACUUGACUGAGGUGCAAGGCAAGGGUGGAUUUUCGUACGUGUUUCCGAAUCUCUCCAAGCUCGGCAUUUCGCGCAAUCACUUCAACUGCACUUAUUUGCACACACUGCUGGUGCCGCCGCAGCUCUUCACAUCCGUGAUGUUACACAUCGAGCCGGAGGACAAUGCCGUUGAGCGCGCGCACAUACGAGAUGUGUCUUGUAUUAGUAACACCAAGGCAGUGGAUAAAGCUUCAUUGCAGGAGGUGAAGGAUGAGUUGAACGACAUGAACUCGCUGCAAAAGGUUCUGCAACAGUCGAUGAGCACACUGCGCCUGCACGAGAAACGCUUGGAAUUGUAUUUACUGUUAAUGAAAAUCGCUUUGUUGGCAAUGAUUGUGCUCUUGGUUGGUGUGGUUAUGGUUUAUGCGUGGAAGAUCCGAAGACGCGACUAUUUCACGAGAAGAGGGGCGAGCAUAGUUUUUCACUCCAGUGCAACGGUUAAUUCAAAUGUAGAGCACUAAGGCGAACGAAGACGAUGCUACUACGAACUGACGCUGAUGAAGUGGCGGCGAAAGAAAACCAAAGAUAGUUUUAUGUGAUUAAAAAUAAUAAAACAACAAGUAAAUAAUAUUAUAAUAAUAU